AUGUCGGAAGUGAGCGAGCUGCUGGGACCCAGUCCACGCCCGUCGCUCGACGGCGAACGUCCGCCAACAUCAAAUGGGACCAAUGGCGCUGCGGACGGACACGAACCGGACGAACACGAACAGGACGAUGCCCAGGACCCUGACCCUGUAGAGCGUCUGCAACGCGAGCUACAACGUACGAAGGAGGAGAAGGAUGCGCUUGCGUUGCAGUACCGCAAUCUGCUGUCGAAGCUGACCGCGAUGCGCACGACGGUCGCGAACAAGCUGAAGCAGGAUGCCGAAGAACUCGACCGUCAGGACCAGCUCGUGCAGCAGCUCACCGCGCGGAACGACGACCUCACGCAGACAGUCGAGACGCUCAAGGCGGAGCUCAUCGCAUCGAAUGAGGAGGCGAAUCGGGCAUCGCGCGAACUCGAGGCGAUGAGAAGUCGUGCGUUACAGGAGAGCGCUCACGAGUCGCACAUGCGGGAGCAGGAAUUGCGCGAGACGCAGGCCGAGCUCGAACAAUGCAGGAUGGAGCGAGACGAGUGGGAGCAGAAGGCGCUGCAGGAACAUAUCGCGGCGGAUGAGGCACGGUCGACGCUUGCGAACUUGCGGAGAGAAAUUGAGGUCGAACGAACGGCGAAGGAGAUGGCUGAGACCGAGCUCGGCGUCGAGCGCGAGAAAUGCACAAACCUGCAGUCGGUGCUGGAGGACUUUCAGGCUGCGAAGGACCAUGAUCUGGAACAGGCGACGAAGGACUAUGAGUCUCAGCUGCAGGCUGCCACACAGUCGCUUGCCGAAUUCAAACAUCGCGCGCUGAAUGCCGAGCUCCAACUGGAAGAAUCUUCGACGGAUACGUCGCGGCUUCAGGACCUCGAAAAGGAAGUGAAAGAGAAAAAGUUGCUUAUCGGAAAGUUGCGCCACGAAGCGGUGAUUAUGAACGAGCAUCUCAUGGAGGCGCUCCGCCGAUUACGGCAGUCUUCGACUGACACGAACGUUGACCGACGGCUGGUCACCAAUGUAUUACUUUCAUUCCUUACAACACCACGCGGCGAUACGAAACGCUUUGAGAUGCUCUCGCUGCUCGCCACUAUCCUCUCCUGGAACGACGAUGAGCGGGAGCGCGCAGGAUUGCAGCACAAGAGUAGCUCAAUGCAGGCUCCUUCCCCAUUUUCCGGUCUAUUAGGCCGUUCAUCCACAUCAUCACCUUCGAAAGGUAAGGCACUGGAGUUGGAUAAGACGGAUGAAACCGAAUCGUUCUCUCGCCUCUGGGUUGAAUUCCUCCUCACUGAGGCCGCCGCAGGGGAGAGCCCUACGCGUGCGCUCUUCAACGGCUCGUUGCCUAGCACGCCUACGCGUAGUUCGCGCCAAUCGGGGACGUUCUCACCACCGACUCUCAGAGAGACAACGCGACUACCUUCAUUCACGAAUGCAGCGGUAGCCAGCACGCCUGACCUUCCACUACGUCCACCACCAACGGGGAAGGGGAAGGAGAGAGCCAAUUCGUGAGACUUUGGCUACUGUCUGCUUCGAGUUUUCUUCGUUGGCUGUCGAUGACCAUCUUCAUAUACCUCUGCAUGCCCGAUUUGCGUCACGUCAUUACUGUCAGACUCCUAAUGUCGUUCAUUAAUUCUCGUCGGACAAGAAGAUACCUUUACCAACCACUUUGCAACGCUGAGAAAUUAGGUCAUGUUCUUCGAUUGUUCUUGCAUCAUGCGAACAAAAUGAAUUCUAGAUCAUGAUAUAGGAGAAAUAAAAUAUGGUGCCUAUACAAUAUACAAUAGUACAACAACAACGGGAAGAACGUCGAGAGACCCGCUUAUACCUCCUGACUGUCCUUCUUGCCCUUUUG